AUGGCGCCCCGGAACAUCAACGUGUUCGUCAGCACAUUUCCUGGUCUAGGCCUACCAUCGACACUUGUUUUGCCUAUCCCCGCCACCACCACGUUCUCCGAUGUGCGAGGACAGAUUGACGCACGACUGCCCGAGUCUGGCAGCAGGCUCAUUCUGACUACUAUCUCCAACAAGGAAGUGUCCGCGACUUCGGCCCGCCCACUGUCAGAUCUCCUGUCGUCGGUCGAAGAUGAUUUCAUCUCCCUGCGCCUGUCCGUUCCCCUCUGCGGCGGCAAGGGUGGCUUCGGCUCCCAGCUUCGCGCCGCCGGUGGGCGCAUGUCCUCCAAGAAAAAGCGCAACCAGGGCGAUGCGAACAACUCAAGCCGCAACCUCGACGGCCGUCGGCUACGGACCGUAACGGAAGCCAAGGCGCUUGCCGAGUACCUAGCGAUCAAGCCUGAGAUGGAGAAGAAGGAGAAGGAGAAGAGGCGCGAAAGGUGGCAGCAAAUCGUGGAAUCGUCCGAGCGACGAGAGGAAGAGAUCAAGAAUGGCGGAAAGGGCCGUCUGGACGGUGCAUGGGUUGAGGCCAAGGAAGAGGCGAAUGAGAGGACACGGGACGCUGUUCUUGCUGCCAUGAAGGCCGGCAAGUACACAGAUAAUCUGGCAGGGACAUCCUUUGGCUCCAAGUCGUCUGCUCAAGCCGACGAAUCCAUGUCGGACGCGGAGGAAGAAGACUCAGGUGAAGAGUCCUCCAAGGAGUCCACGUCUCCAACCGAGUCGACAGCCACAUCGAAAGGCAAGGAGAAGGAGAAGCCUCGGGCCUUUUUUGGAUUCGACGAAGACGACGAGUUCAUGAGCUCCGAUGACGAGGAAGAAUCCAAGAAAUGA